AUGGACGUGACCAGGAACUCCGAGUUUAUGCCUGGUCUUCAGCGCGCGGACAUUGAAGAACUGUUGAGCGACGCGAAUCGAUGGGAGUGUGCCGUGUGCGCAUUCAGCAACGUUGCGAUGAAGCCCACGUGUAGUCUCUGUGGCGGGCUCAAGGACUCGCACUUUCUCGAGCAUGCGUUGGACGAGAUCGACUACGCGCUCCUGACUGACCGGCCGCGCUCUCGAAGCUACCGCGACGCAUUCCUCACGCCGCUAUCGUCGUCGUCAUUGUCCAUGCGGACCAGCAAGAUGACCCUCCUCAACACGUUUCACCGCAUGUCGUCGUUCUUUUUCCACAAACUCGUCGCACCGGAUGACUUGAACCCUCGUCAACGCAGUGCGCGCAUGCGCAAGGAAUGGGUACGGAAGCUCGAUGUCAAGGACCGGCCGUACUGGAAGCGGCGCAUCUUGGACGCGACGCGUGUCGUCCCUGCGUUCGUUGUCCAGCUCAUGUCGUCCUCCGAUCGAUUGAAAGCUCUGGCCGUCAUCCACCGACGAACGUCCACCGUCCUGGGUACGUUGGACGAGGAAGACACGAUCGUCGUGUUGGAAGACAAGGGACUCCACCACGUCGAUGACGACGUGGCCAUGCUCCAUGAUGACGGCGACGACGAGGAUGUCAAGCACAUCAUGUACCUUCCCGUGGAAGCAGUGCGCGCGACGCGAUCGGUCCUGGGUGAAGCCGUGGACCCGGCCCUGUGGCGCCACUUGCAUCAACUGUCCCGUCAGCCGUUUUCGACCAAAUACACGUGGUACCUCCAUCAAGCCAGUACCCUCAUGCAAUCCUACGACAUGGGGUACUGCCGGAUGAAGGUGGCGAGGGCGACCGCGUUUACCGAAGCGGUGGAAAACAUCGCGUUCCUCAAACAAAGCGCACUCUGCUCGAUCAUUCGAGUGCAGUUCAGGGGCGAAAGUGGCUUGGAUGCCGGCGCGAUUCAACGAGAAUGGUACCUCCUCGUGGCCCAAGGCUUCCUGGACGACGCGACGGGCCUGUUUAUGGUCACGAACCGCGACGACAAUGCGUACUUUAUCAACCCGAACGCCGCCGCCGCCAUGCAUCGCCAGCACAUGACAACAUCGCGCGCCAAACCACCUGGGGUUUCGCACUCCCAAGCAUUCCGUGCGGCAGGCCGGUUCAUCGGUCGCGCGUUGCUCGAUGGCCAGAUGCUACCGCUCCACUUUUGCCCCGUCUUGUUCAAAUUGCUGCUGGGUAUACCUGUAACGUUGGAUGACAUCGAAAGCUUGGACAAAACCAUAUACUCGAGCCUUCGGUUCGUUCUGGACCAUGACAACGCGGACGACCUGUGCUUGACGUUCUCGGCGACGGAGCGUCAAGAUGACACGAUCGUGGAAGUGGACUUAGUUGCCGGCGGACGAGACAUUGCCGUCACGGACGCCAACAAGCACGAGUACGUGGACCUGAUGACGCGCUACUUGCUCUUCGAUCGCAUCGACGACUCGUUGCGGGACAUGAUUCAAGGAUUGUACGAGGUCGUACCGCCCGAGUUGCUCAUUCCUUUCGACCACAAAGAGUUUGAAUUGAUUCUUUGUGGGCUGUCCGAGAUCGACGUGUAUGACUGGAAAGCCAACACGGUGACGUCGUCCAACUUGCAUGCCACCGAGACCCUCGACUGGUUUUGGGCAUGUGUUGAAGCCAUGAGUCCGGCCGAUCGAGCCAAGCUGCUGCAGUACUCGACGGGGUCGUCCCGCGUUCCUGUGCAAGGCUUCAAAGGCCUCACGAGCUACGACGGCAAGAUCUGCUACUUUACCCUGAAAGGCAUCACGUACACGCCGGGGGGGUACCCGUGUGCGCAUGCAUGCUACAACCGCAUCGAUCUGCCCAUGUACCCGCGCAAGGACUUGAUGGAAGACGCCCUCACGAUGCUGCUGCUGUCCGACCCCACGGGCUUUAACAUCGAAUAACGUAUACUCCUUAUUUAUGCUUCUCCCCCC